ACUAUAGGUUGACAAAAUAGAGGAACAAGAAAGAGUCAACAUAUGAUGGAUGAGACUUCAUUGUUGAACAUUGAGGUUUGGACAGCUUUUGUCACGUAAAACUAUGGAGAGCUUACUGUCCUUGAAAGUUCCCUUGAUACUGUUGUUUCUGGUGCAUUGUGUUGCAGCUCAUGGUAGACAUGGAGUUGGUGAACAGCCGCUAUCCAAGAUUGCCAUCCACAGGGCUCUCUAUGUGCUUCACGAGAAUGCAUCUAUCAAAGUGGAACCUGUUCUUCUUGGCACCAAGGGGGAAGAUUCUCAGUGGGUAACAGUGGAACUUAAACACCCUGAACCUUCUCAAGAUGAUUGGGUUGCAGUUUUUUCUCCUGCAAAUUUCAACUCAUCUUCCUGCCCAGAUGAUGAUGAGCCAAGACAACAGGCUCCAUAUAUAUGCUCAGCUCCAAUAAAGUACAAGUUUGCCAAUGAUUCCAGUGCUGGGUAUACAACGACAGGGAAGGCAACUUUAAAAUUUCAAUUAAUUAAUCAGCGGGCGGAUUUCUCAUUUGCAUUAUUCUCAGGCGGUUUAUCAAAUCCAAAACUGUUGGCAGUUUCAAAUAUCAUAACUUUUGCUAAUCCAAAAGCACCUCUUUAUCCUCGCCUCUCUCAAGGAAAGUCUUGGAAUGAAAUGACAGUAACCUGGACAAGCGGCUAUAACAUAAAUGAGGCUGUGCCUUUUGUUGAGUGGGGUCUUAAGGGAGAAUCUCAAACUCAAUCUCCUGCUGGAACGUUGACCUUUUCUCGAAAUGCAAUGUGUGGUGCACCAGCAAGGACAGUUGGUUGGCGUGAUCCUGGUUUCAUUCAUACAAGUUUCUUAAAGGAAUUGUGGCCAAACACACCUUACACAUACAAGCUUGGUCAUAGGCUAUUUAAUGGUUCAUUUAUCUGGAGCAAGUCUUAUUAUUUCAAAUCAUCUCCGUAUCCAGGGGAGGACUCAUUACAGCGUGUUGUAAUAUUCGGUGACAUGGGAAAGGCUGAACGUGAUGGUUCAAAUGAGUACAGUAAUUAUCAGCCAGGGUCACUCAAUACCACAGAUCAACUCGUCAAUGACUUAAAUAACAUUGACAUAGUUUUUCACAUUGGAGAUCUCCCAUAUGCAAAUGGAUACAUCUCACAGUGGGAUCAGUUCACUUCACAGGUCGAGCCCAUUGCAUCAGCUGUACCAUAUAUGAUUGGAAGUGGCAAUCAUGAACGUGAUGUACCAGGGACAGGAUCCUUCUAUGACACUAAUGAUUCAGGUGGUGAAUGUGGUGUUCUUGCAGAGACCAUGUUUUAUGUUCCUGCUGAGAACAGAGCUAAGUUUUGGUAUUCAACUGAUUAUGGCAUGUUCCACUUCUGCAUAGCUGAUAGUGAACAUGAUUGGAGGGAGGGUUCUGGGCAGUACAAGUUCAUCGAAAAAUGUCUUGCAUCAGCUGAUAGGCAGAAACAGCCAUGGUUGAUCUUUGCUGCUCAUCGAGUUCUAGGUUAUUCCUCCUCAUAUUGGGAGGAUGGCUCAUAUGGGGAGCCCAUGGGAAGGGAAAGUUUGCAAAAGCUCUGGCAGAAGUACAAAGUGGACAUUGUAUUCUUUGGCCACAUCCAUAACUAUGAGAGAACAUGCCCCAUUUACCAGAAUCAGUGCGUGAAUACAGAAAGAUCUCACUACUCAGGUACCGUGAAUGGAACAAUCAAUAUAGUUGUUGGAGGAGGAGGAAGCCACUUAUCUGAUUUUGGGCCAGUACAGACUAGUUGGAGUCUUUUCAGAGAUUCCAACUACGGUUUUGGUAAACUGACUGCAUUCAACCACUCAUCCCUUCUUUUUGAGUACAAAAGGAGCAGUGAUGGAAAGGUAUAUGAUUCCUUCACCAUUUCAAGAGACUACAGGGAUGUGUUGGCCUGCGUACAUGAUGGCUGUGAACCAACCACGUUAGCUACAUGAGUUAAUAUAAUUCAGCAUUGUACUUGAAAAUAAAAUGGUCCUCCAUUAUCAAUGCAGUUUUGAUGUUACUACUACAAAAUAAACAGAAAGUUAUGAACUUCAGUUAUGAGUUUAUGCUAUUCACCCUUGCUUCUCUUUGACAUGGAAA